ACAUAUUUUAAUGUGUACGGGGUUGUUGAAUACUAACUACUAAUAAUAUAUAUUAUGUUUCAAUUUAAUUUCUAAAUAAUAUAUUGAUUAUCUUGUAUUAUUUAUAAUUUAAUUGAUUAAUUUCCAAUUAUAGUUAUACUGAAUAUCUACAUAUUAUUAUCAAUAAUUCUUUCUAUAUAAUAUUUAUUUCCCUACAUAGUUUUUUAUUUUAAUGAUUUUUACUUAUGUAACUAUAUAAGUUUAUUUGUAUACAAAUUUUAUUUAGAAAAUGUUUUACUUUUAACAUGAACUAAAAAAAAAAAAUGGAUUGCAGACCUUGGCCAAGAGAAUCAAAAAAGAAAUGGCAAGAUUCAACUAUUGAUCGAUUAAAAGCUAGUAAAACAAUAUGGCCUAUUCCUCAAAUAGAACAAGUUUUUUUGCCUGAUUUUAAAAUUAGAUCUCAGAUAAAUGAAUAUUCAUUUAAGAGCUUAGGAUUAAUUUGUAAUGGUGUGUUUGGAAAAGUUUACAAAGUUAAGAAAUUGAAUUCCAGCGGUGACUUAUAUGCUAUGAAAGUUUUGGAAAAAUCAUUGAUUGUAAACGAGAAUGGAGUACAACAAGUUAAAAAUGAAGUACAAAUUCAAUCAUUAUGUGGUCAUCACCCAUUUAUUGUGAAUUGUCCAUUUUUUUGGCAAAAUAGAAAUCAAUUGUUCAUUGUCAGUGAGUAUAUUGGAGGUGGCGAAUUAUUGAAACUAUUACAAAAAUAUGGACCACUACCUGAAGAAUUAUGUCGUGUAUAUUUUGCUGAAUUAGUUGUUAUAAUAGAUUUUUUACAUAAUGCUGGAGUUAUUUAUAGAGAUAUAAAACCAGAAAAUAUAUUAUUAGAUGAUAAUGGUCAUCUUCAAUUAAUUGAUUUUGGAUUAUCUAAAUGGCUUCCACAAGGCUGUCGUACAUCAACCAUCUGUGGAACUACUCAAUAUAUGGCUCCAGAAGUUUUACAAUCAGAACCAUAUUAUAGUCAUGCUGUAGAUUGGUGGUCCGCUGGAGUGCUCUUAUUUCAAAUGCUUACAAAUCAGUAUCUGCCAAAGUCACACGAUGAAAUCAAUAUCAUGUUGGAAAAUGUUAGUAAAGGUGCCACUGAUAUGGUAUUAAAGCUGUUAGAAACAAAUCAAAAAAAUCGGCUAAAAUCAUUUCAUCAAAUUAAAGUCCAGUCAUUUUUCCAUAAUUUCAAUUUCUCAGAUAUAACAUUAAAAAAGCAUAAACCAAACGAAUUAUUAAAAAAGCUGCUUGGAGAAAAAAAACAAAACAAUCAAACACUAUCUCAUUUCGAAGAAUUUGAUGACUAAUAUGUGAUAAAUUAUAAACAGUGUAUUAAGUAUUAACUCAUAAAAUAUAUGAUCUAUUUAUUAAAUUAAAACUUCUGUUAAGAGGAAGCCAUGUUAAAUAUUGUUUUUAUUUUGUGUUAGACGCAGAAAUAGAUAUUUUAUGAAAUAUCAAAGAUUAUAUAAAUAUAUUAUGCGUGUACAUUUU